CCAUCUUCUUUGCUAUCACAGAGUCAUCUAGACAUAAUACCGGGCUACUUCGACAGACCAGACAUCAAUAAUCUAUUCACACAAACUCGUUAUCCACAAUCACCAAUCGCUUUGAACAACACGACCGGGCGCUAUGGCGGGAUCAGAGAUGGCACCUAGCGUGUCGCUCUCUUUCGCAAACAACUUCUGGGGUAAAGAAGACGCCGGCGUCGACCCUUUGCUCGAACGCAUGCACAAUGCCAAAAUCACUAGCGAUGAACUCAAGUCUUUCUACACUCAACGAGCUGCUAUCGAGGAGGAAUACUCGCGCAAGAUACUCAAUCUUGCCCGCAAACCCCUGGGCUCAUCCGAGGCUGGCACUCUGCGCAUGUCAAUGGAUGUCGUACGAGGAGAGCUCGAGGCCAUGGGCAAGUCGCACCAACACAUUGCACAGCAGAUGAAGGGCGAGCUUGAAGAGCCACUUUCGACCUUCUCGGGCGGCAUCAAGGAACGUCGCAAGAUCAUUCAGAACGGAAUCGAAAAACUGCUCAAGACGAAGACGCAGCAAACACACACCGUCAACAAGGCACGCGAUCGCUACGAGCAGGACUGUCUCAAGAUCAAGGGCUAUCUCGCACAAGGCCACAUGGUUAUGGGUCAAGAAGAGCGCAAGAACAAGGCCAAGCUCGAGAAGACUCAAAUCCAAAUGUCGGCAACCAGCAGCGAAUACGAACAAGCCGUCAAGGUGCUCGAGGAAACAACUGCUCGCUGGAAUCGCGAAUGGAAGGCUGCUUGCGACAAGUUCCAAGACCUCGAAGAAGAACGCCUCGACUUUACAAAGAGCAGCCUCUGGAGCUUUGCUAACAUCUCCUCCACCGUCUGCGUCAGUGAUGAUGCCUCUUGCGAGAAGAUUCGUUUGUCUCUUGAGGAUUGCGACGUCGAGAAGGACAUUGCUGGUUUCAUCAAGGACAAUGGCACCGGUCAGGAGAUUCCUGACCCUCCAAAGUACAUCAACUUCUGCCGCGGCGACAUCAACGACAACGCUUCUGACGUCUCCGACGAUGCACACUACUCUGUUGCUCAAUUCCAACGGACCAUGAAUCCGGCAUUCCGCUCGUCCUCGCCGCAGCCCUCAUCUUACUCGUCUCAUCACGACCCUGCUUCAUCCCUGGCUCAAGAAAUGGCUCUCGGCUCGUCAGUCAAUUCUGAGAGAUCUCAGAGAUCACAAAGAUCACAACAGUCUGCUGUCAUGCCUCAAAUGCCCCGUCGCUCCAGCCAACAGGCUGUUCCAAUCAACGCCUAUCAAGACGUGCCCAAGGUACCUCACAACGAGUAUCCUAUGGACGGCAUGACUCAGUUCUGUAGACUCGGCCCUCCGUCCGAUCGCAGCUCCAUCCCCAGCCCGACACGCCCUGAGGACGACUCGCACAGCGAAAUCUCCAAUGCAAAUUCCUUCUCAAGUAUCGAGCCACCUACUUCGCCGAUGAAGCAGCUAAACGCUUCCACCGUUUCUUCCAGCAGCCAGCAGGACGACAAGACACUGCAGAAGAGACGAAGUGGUUUCUUCCAAAAUCACAGUCCCUUUGGCCGCCGUAAGAGCAAACAUGAAGUCGCCGCUCCUGCUUCUAUCUCGAACGGCCCGUCUCAGAGAAAUACUUGGGCUGCUGCUCCUAGACCGCAGACUUCAUCCUCACCGGCUCGUCCGUUCGGCCGCGAAGCUAGGAAUGUCGGAUUUGGCAACGACCCAAUGCCCAGCCCCGACCCAGAACCUGUUGACCCUCGUGCAAACUUCCAGCUGAACAUUGGCAACAAUGUCUUCGAUGUUGCAACACCUGACGCUCGUAAGAGAUCGGUCCCUGUCGAGGAGCCCACGGGAGAGCUUGACCCCAUUGCCCAGGCUCUGGCUGAGCUCAAGGGCGUCACAAAGCAAGCCUCGACUCGUGUCUCAGUGGAUCGCUAUGCUGGCAUUCCAACUCCCGCACCGGGUGGCGCUGGCAGAGCAUCGCCCUCGCCUCUCAUGGCCAACUCUGAUGUUCGUGCUGCUCAGCGUGGAACCCCACCACCUUCUUACGACCAACCAAUGAGACGACUGGGCGCACCGCAGCCGGCAUUCACUAGCAAGCAGAUGCAGCAGACAACUGCUAGCUAUAUGACACAGAAGAGAGACAUGUUCAAUGCUCCUCCACGCAACACACCUUCUCAGAUGGGCUCACGUCCAGCUAGCAGAGGCGGAGAUCCAAGGGCCUCUGGUGAGAUGAUGCGCUCCGCCUCUCCUGCACCCUUACGUACGAGCUCGCCCGCUCCUCCGCGCGCUACGAGUCCUCGACCCGGCCCAGGAUACGACCGUAGAUCUCAACCCAUUCCUCAAGGACAGGACUAUCGUUCAACCUCGCCGAAUCCAUACGGCGGGCCUCCUCCCAACGGCAUGCCUGCAGCAAGACCACGUGCACAAUCAAGUAGUCCGAUAAAGCAGCAGCAGCAGCGCCCAGGAUACAACCCAGCUUAUGCAUCACAUGGUAAUUCUCCAGUUUCUGGUAUGCCUCGAUCUGCAAGUCCCAACCCUCAAUUCCGUGGCUCGGCUGGCCCAGGCAGCAGACCACCAAGCAGCCGCGGCGACCCUGCAGCUAUGGCGAUGCAAUUGGCUCCAUCAGGCGACCAAGCCUACCCUCCACCCUCGCGAGGAGGACAAGGUGCACCACUCAGACCCACAAGCACUUUCUAUGGAGCUGAGGGUGGUUGGGCAGCAGCAUCGACUCGCGGAGGGGCCCCUCAGCAACAGCCGCCACAACAGGCACCGCAACAGCAGCAACAGUUAAGUACUAGAGUGCGUAGUCAGAGCUCUGCUGGACAGAGACAAUUCACCAAGGAUGGAAGACCCAUUCUUAAUUUCUCUCGAGCAAUGUACAUGUACUCGGCAGCGAUUCCUGAAGAACUCACCUUCGCAAAGGGUGAUAUCCUGGCUGUCCUGAGAUUGCAAGACGACGGCUGGUGGGAAGCCGAGGUGGCCGGCAAGGAUGGAAGAAGAGGACUCGUUCCCAGCAACUACCUGGUCCCUGCUUAAUGAUUUCUCAUUUGUCAUUGAACGUACAUUCGUUGAUUUCCCUUAUACCCUUUCUGAUGGGGAGAUCUUAUGGAUGGUGACGUUUUCUUGUUGAGAUUCCGGUCAGAAUUGGAGAUGUUUACGACAGAAAUUGAAUGCUUUGAUUACAUGCUUAUCGAGGAAGUAUUGAGUGAUUUUUGUGCAUAGCGAACGAAUUAGGAGAAGAAUUCACAGCC